GAGAGAUGGGGAGAGACACAGAACAGAGAGGGAUAAAGAGAGAGAGAGACUUAUAAACAGAGGGCGAGAGGGAGAGCGAGGGAGAGUGAGAGAGAGAGCAUACCUCUCAGAGUGUGUUGGCUGCAUUUCUCUCUCCUACUUGGUGGGUUUACUACGGACCCGGAGGAAGAAGCCGAGCAGAGCUGGAAUAAUCAGAGGGGACGUUGUUCAAAUCAAAUGAGUGAAGGCACAUCCUUUGUUGGACUCUUUGUGGGGUUCCUGCUCAGUGCGACAGGUGUGCAUGCCUCCUGUCCCAUUGAGUUGAGCCCCCCGCAGUGUCGUGGUGCGAUAUGGAGACUCGGUCCUCAGUGAACUGCAGCGCAUCGGACAGCCAGUUUGAAGGAAUAGGCUGGGAGGCUUCACAAGGAGGCACGGGCCUAGAGAAUGUCAAUCAUCUGGCCUGGACUGUGGCGAACCUCACCGACUGGACUAUCUCUCCAUCGUGCUACAUCAACCUGCCACCGCAAACUCAGUGCACCCAGAACCUGACAGUUAUACUUUACACUUUCCCAGAGACCAUCAGUAUCAGCUCCAGCAGCGGAUCAGGUGGUGUGAUGAAUGAAGGGGAGAAAUAUCGUUUCAGCUGUGACAUCCACAAUGUUGCUCCUGUUCAAUAUCUCACUGUUACGUGGUACAAAGGAGAUGCAAUGGUACAUAGAGAGAGUAUUGACAAUCCCAGUAAGAAACCAGUGCAUCACUCAUCUGUAUUGAGCGUCACACCGACCAGAAAAGACAACGGAGUCCCGUUCAGAUGUGAGGCACUUCUGGACCUGUUGCCAGAAGGACCACAAUUGAUCGCAUCUUCACAAGAGUUUAAUAUCACAGUUCACUUUGGACCAGAUGUGCAAUGUCAUUUAUCGGCAAACCUGGAUUUACGGGAAGGAGAAACAUUGGAGGGGGGAUGUCCUGUGACGGGACGUCCCAGUCCCACAGUCAGCUGGCUGAAAGCCGGCCAGCCCACCGACCCGGCCGCCCCCCUGAGCAGGAGCGAUACAGGCCGGUACACCGUUGAAGCCAAGGGCGCCACCUUAAUCCGGAGGGAAGUGUCGGUUCAAGUAUUGUACCUACCAUCACAGAUAGUUGAGCUUGAGGACUCUGAAGUUGACGUUGGUUCUACCGUGUCGCUGAAGUGCUCCUCCGCGGGCAACCCACAACCACAAUAUUCAUGGGAUUAUUACCAGACCACCAAUGUGAUGGUGGAAAAUGAAGAUGGAGUGUCCCAUCUGCACAUCCACAAUGCCACUGCAUACAACAUGGGCUCCUACACGUGUCACGCCUCCAACGACAUUGGAAAUGUCUCGAAAACAGCCGGAGUCACAGUGAAAGGAAGCCGACGAGAGGAAGGAAAGAAGCAGGAGGAACCUCAGAAGAACCGCUGGAACAGAAGAAGGCCGACAGAGUGUCGCCGGGACCGACUUUACGUUACUUCAAUGGACGUUUUGAACUCUCUCCGUCUGCUUUCAGUCCUUUUGACUUCACAGCUGCUGUCGCUUUCCAACGGGACAGGACCGAGUGCAAGCCUCGAAUGCCCCAUCGAGAUAACUCCAGACAGGAUGGUGGUGCGAUACCAAAGCAGAGGCCUGCGGCCUGCGAUAUGCACACUGACACCCGCAGACUACACGCAUCUCAAGGAAAUGUACUGGCAGGUCGGGCAGGGCGACACAACUGACGGCAUGAGUUGGUUUGCUGACACCGAUCGGGACUGGGACCCCAGGCCCGUUUGCAUAGCGACGUUCAGCGUGAUAGGAACAUGCCAGAAACCUUUAAACUUCACCCUCUACAAAACACCAGACAGCGUCUCCAUCCGUCCCGUGGUUGGCUCGAGCUCGGCGGUGGAGCAGAGAGAGUUCCAGCUGCAGUGCGACAUUACUAGCGUUGCUCCCGCAGCAAACGUCGCUGUGCGUUGGUACCGAGGGAAUGAAACCUUCGAGCCACUCCGCAGAGGCCCCCUGCGAGUGACUGGCUGCCAGCCCGAGAACGACACAACCUGCGACCCGAGAGACGUCCGAUCUCCGCUGAACGUGUCGUCCACCAUCAGCAUCACUCUGAACAGAACGGACGACGGGGCCGAGUUCAGCUGUGAGGCUCAGUUGGAUCUCGGUCCCGAGGGGCCGCUGCCUCCUCCGAACAUGAUGUCCAGUCCUUUCAACGUCACCGUCUACUAUAAGCCCGUCAUUAAUACCACAAAGCUUCCAAAGACGAUCCCCGUGUUCAGAGGUUAUCCGGAGGAGCUGGUCUGUGAAGCCGAGGGCCAGCCGGCUCCAAAGAUCCAGUGGCUCUACAGCUCGGACGUCGUCCCCCGCGAGUCCGGAGACACGCUCUUCGUGUCCGACGCCGGCGUCUACAACUGCAGCGCCAGCAACCAGGUGGAUUCCAUCUACCACGAGGUCAAUGUGAUUCUAAAAGAGGACUACCUUCCCCUCAUAGCUGGAUUUGUGGCUGUCACAGUCGUCGCCAUCUCCAUCGUCUUCCUCUUCAUCUACUCAAUCUACUACAAGAACACCAAGAUGCGCCGGUACAGUCUUAAAAACCCCAAAGUCGACACCCCCAGCAGCAACGUGGCCCACAACGGGUGCGACAUGCAGUUCCCUAUGACCAAACUCAGUCACACUAACAGGAAGUGCACCACGUCUGGCCUCUUCGAAGGACAGCCUGUGAACUCGUCCUGUCUGGUCCAGAUGAACCCUCCGAGCGUCGUGGUGAGGUUUGGUGACUCCUUCUCCGUCAACUGCAGCUCAACAUCGGACCUGAUCGAGUCAAUGGGCUUGGAGUCCCGCUACGGCAGCUCGAUGAGUUCAUCUGGCAACUCUUUCGUUGUCUUAAAAGUAGAGUCUGUGACAGACUGGGAGUUCGAACCGAUCUGCUUCCUUAAUCACCUACGCGAUGGUCAGUGUUUACAGACCCUCCCAGUCACCGUUUACAAAACGCCGGACACGGUGUCCAUCUCUCCGCCGAGUCUAGAGGGCCUGGUUGAGGGCGAAAGGUACAGCAUACAGUGUGACAUUGUCAAUGUCGCACCAGUAAGCAGCCUCUCUGUGCACUGGCACCGAGGAGAUGCGAUCUUCUACACGGAGAGGUUUGACGGGUCCAGUCUAUCUCCAGUCAACAAGACGUCUGUCUUCAAUCUGACGGCCCAAAGAGGGGAUGACGAAACUCGAAUCUGGUGUGAAGCGCAGCUGGACUUCUGGACACCAGUACCCAAUGUGCCCAGGAUCAAGUCGGAGUCACGUGACGUGAUUGUCCUGUACUCACCAACCUUCAUGGAGCCCAACAAUGAGACGCUAGAGCUCUCGGCUGGCAUUAAAUUAAGUUUAGAUUGCACAGCUGCAGGAAAACCAACGCCGGUGUACAGCUGGCGCUCCCCACACCACAUACAACGGACCAAUCAAAAUGAGAACCAAUCCGUGCUGGCCCUGUCCAUUCAGCUUCCAGGCACCUAUGAGUGCACAGCGUCUAACAGCCAGGGCUCCAACACCAAAUAUUUCACCGUCACCGAAGCUACAAGGAAUCGCACAGCCUUUGCAGUCUUGGUUGGAGGAGGUGUGUUCCUGGGAGUCGUGAUCCUCAUCGGCGGCCUUCUUUCCUUGACACCUAAAGGCACAUUUUCUUUCAGCAAAGGUGGCUAUCUCAGAGGACGGCCCACCUUGUCAGGUGAAGGCUGCUCCCUAAUCCUCAAGCCCUCCCGGGUCGUGGUGGGUUUUGGGGAGCCGGUGUCAGUCAGCUGUGAAGCCGCUCGCCCGGUCCGUGUCCUCGGCUGGGAGUCGGCCAUCAGUGCUGCUCACACUCAACAGGACCUGUCGGUGCAGUGGAAGGUGGACAGCCUCAUCGACUGGAUCGAGGAGCCUAUCUGUUACGGGGUGUUUUUCACGGCUCCCAGACAGUGCGAGGAGAAACUCAACCUGGUCCUCUACAAGACCCCAGAUAGCGUCUCCAUCCGGCCUGUGAACCACACCGGCCCCAUGGUGGAGGGGAAAGAGUACCAGCUGCUCUGUGAGGUUCAGAACAUUGCUCCGGUCCAGUACCUCACCCUGAGGUGGUACAAGGGCCAGACGGAGGUUUACACCAGCUCCUUCUCAGAGCUCACAUCCUCCUCGCCCGUCCAAGUGUCCUCCGUCCUCAUGGUCACACCAACCAAAGACGAGAACGGGGAACAGUACAGGUGCGUAGCGGAGCUGGAGCUCGGACCAGAGGGACCACGAACACCUCCUACUGUGACCUCGGAGCCUCUUAAUGCCUCUGUGUACUUUCCCCCGGCGUUCCUCAGUCCCGAAAUCGAGGUUUUGGACCUUGUUGUGGGUGCUGAAAUGACCUUGAACUGCACCGCCACAGGGAACCCCACACCUCUGUACAGCUGGCAAUCCUCCAAUCCCAUCGAGGAUAGGAUGGAGGAUGAAGCAGCUCUCACCUCCUCCUCACUGCUCCCCGGGACCUACACCUGCACAGCCUCCAACGCACUGGAGAAGAAGAGCAAGCAGUUCAUUGUCAAAGCCGAGACCAAAGGUAAAUAA